UGGUGUCCUCUUUCUCUCUGUUGCGGCGGUGGGUUGGAGCCGCUGUCCCCGCGCUGGCGCUCGCCUGGGUUUCAUUUUUAAUCUUUCAAUUCGACCCCCCCCAACCAAAGCCAAAUUAAAAAAAGGACAAUUCCGUUCGAGCGCAACGAAGAGACACACCGCGUGUCCUUGUCCUGGUCAAAUUCUGUAUCUUUUAAUCGUUGGAAGUCUCAGCUGUGAAGAAAAGAUGGCGGGGAGCGGGGCGGCGGGGUCUGCGGUGGCCCGGCUGGAGGGCCGAGAAUUCGAAUACCUGAUGAAGAAGCGCUCGGUGACGAUAGGCCGCAAUUCAUCCCAGGGCUCGGUUGACGUCAGCAUGGGCCACUCGAGCUUCAUCUCCCGGCGGCACCUGGAGAUUUUCACCGCGGGAGAGGACGGUGCCGGCGGCGGAGAUUUCUACCUGCGCUGCCUGGGUAAAAACGGGGUGUUCGUGGACGGGGUGUUUCAGAGACGCGGGGCUCCUCCUCUGCAGCUGCCCCGAGUGUGCACGUUCCGCUUCCCCAGCACAAACAUCAAGAUAACGUUCACCGCCCUGUCCAGUGGCAAGAAGGAUCGAAGGAACAACCCGGAGUCGCCCGUGAAGGCGAUCCAGCCCCAGAUUUCGCCCCUGACCAUCAACAUUCCAGACAAUAUCGCCCAUCUAAUGAGUCCACUUCCGUCUCCUACAGGGACAAUCAGCGCCGCGAAUUCGUGUCCGUCCAGCCCUCGAGGAGCGGGGCUGUCCAGUUACAGGAUGGGCCGGGGACUCACGGCCGAGCUCAUAGGGGACAACUCGCAAUCUGAAAACGACAAGGACGCCUCUGGAGGAGACAGUCCAAAGGAUGACUCGAAACCGCCUUAUUCUUAUGCACAACUAAUCGUCCAAGCAAUCACAAUGGCCCCGGAUAAACAGCUCACUCUGAACGGAAUAUAUACCCACAUAACUAAAAACUAUCCCUAUUAUAGAACCGCAGACAAAGGCUGGCAGAACUCUAUUCGGCACAACCUGUCUUUAAACCGCUACUUCAUCAAAGUGCCCCGAUCCCAAGAAGAGCCUGGUAAAGGCUCGUUCUGGAGGAUAGACCCCUCAACGGAGGGCAAGCUCGUCGAUCAGGCCUUCCGCAAACGAAGGCCACGCGGCGUCCCCUGCUUCAGGACCCCGCUCGGCCCUCAGUCGUCCCGGAGCGCCCCGGCCUCUCCUAACCACAUGGGGGCGUUGUCGGCUCACUCCAGCGGCGUCCAGACUCCGGACAGUCUGUCGCGAGAAGGUUCGCCCGUUCCCCCAGACACCGAGCCCUCGCCCGCCCCCGUCUCUACUCCAGCAGCCGCGGUUCAGCCCAAAUUAGCCGUCAUACAAGAGGCUCGCUUCGCCCAGAACACGACAGUAACCAGCCAGCCUGUUCUGAUCACCGUCCAGCGAGGGCUCCCCCAGAACCUCAAACCGGUCAACUACGCCGUGGCCGCACCGGUCACCACCUCCAACUCCCAGCAGCCUAUUAUGCAGACGCUCCACGUGGUGCACCAGAUCCCCGCCGUCUCGGUCACUGCCGUCGCCGGCUUCGCCACAGCCAACGCACGCGCAGCGGAGGAGUCGAAGACAGAGCCGCAGGAGAACGGAGAACGGCAAGAAGUUAAAGUGAAAGUAGAACCCGUGCCAGCCAUCACAACAGCCUCUAUAGGCGGAGUCACUCGCGUUCUUCAGACGUCCCAAGCCACUCCGAUCCAGACAGUCACCAUAGUGCAGCAGGCCCCCCUGGGGCAGCAUCAGCUUCCCGUUAAGGCCAUCACACAGAACGGCACGCAUGUGGUGUCUGCCAUCCAAGGAUCAACAAAUACAGUUGCCAGUCCUCUUCACAUGCUGGCCACCCACGCCUCCGCCUCGGCAUCUCUGCCCACCAAACGUCAAAACGGCGACCAGCUAGAGCAGCCCGACUCCAAACGGCUCAAGGCGGACGACGGAGUGGAGCUCGGGGCCGUUCCCGCCGCAGCAGAGAGGGACACCCCCAAUUAGGGCUGCCCAGUCUCAUCGUUCAGACCUCACCUCGUUCCUCCUUAGUCGAACCCACCCUAUUAAAACCGAGGUUAUCCGUUCAGUGCCAAACUGGGAUGCGAAACGGCAGCAACGUAAGUGCUGUGGAGUGACAUUUUGAAGACGAAUGACGGUCGCAAACGGAGGCAUGUGCAUGAUUUGCAGAGAAGGAUGACGCGAGGCUGUCGGGAGGAGACGAAUUAGAAGCAGGCAGCGGGAGAGUAAAUGAGAGACCUUUUUAACUAAAUAUUUAAGUACUCACAGACAGCAUACAUAUAUUGAUAUAGUAUACUUAACUAAGAUGUAUUUUAGAUCAAACUUAGCAAGAAGUCCUGUGGUCCUUCAUCUCUUCUACCUCUGGAGAGAUCCGGACGUGGAUUUUGCAUUCUUAUAAACAGAUAAACGUAAAAGCUGGCGGGAAAUCUAACAAGUCGGUUUUAAAUUCGAAGCUGCAGGUAAUUUCUAAACAUUCCUGUAUUUGCAGGUCACGUCCUUUUUUUUUAAGGGGGUUUUCACACUUGCACUUCUGUUCCGGAGACCCCCGAGUACGUCCGGGCGUGUGUGUUGCCAUUUAGCGGACACCUUUAUCCAAAGCGACUUGCAUUACAAUUACAGUAUAAACAGUAUACAGUCUGAGCAUUUGAGGGUUAAGGGCCUUGCUUUGCUCAAGGGCCCAACAUCAGCAACGUGGCAGAGGUGGGGCUUGAAUCGGUGACCUUUUGAUUACUAGUAAGUUUUUAAACUAAGGUGGCACAUGCACACUGAGGUCGGGUAGGUAUGUGUUUUAAAUGGGGAAGCUGUAGCCCUAGUGGUUAAGGUACUGGGCUAGUAAUCAGGUCGCUGGUUCAAGCCCCACUACUGCCAAAUUGCCACUGUUGGGCCCUUAAGCAAGGCCCUUAACUCUCAAUUGCUUAGACUGUAUACUGUAAUGUAAGUUGUUGGGCAUUUGUAGUCCAGCAACCUUAUGAUUACACGUCUACCCGCCCUCAGUGUGCAUGUGCCACCUUAGUUUAAACACCAUCAAUUUAAGGGCAAAUCGUAGCCUAGUGGUUAAGGUACUGGGCUAGUAAUCAGGUCACUGGUUCUAGCCCCACUACUGCCAAAUUGCCACUGUUGGGCCCUUGAGCAAGGCCCUUAACACUUAAUUGCUUAGACUGUAUACUGUCACUGUAAUGUAAGGCAUUGGGCAUUUGUAGUCUAGUGGUUAAGGUACUGGGCUAGUAAUCAGAAGGUUGCUGGUUUAAGCCCCACUACUGCCGAAUUUACACUGUUGGGCCCCUAAGCAAAGCUCUCAACCCUCAAUCUCUUGAGAGCCAAAUGUACAGUAUAAUGAAAUGGUUUUUCUUGUUCGGAAUCUGGGGUCAGAGCAUAGGGUCAGCCAUUGUACGAGGAGCCUGGACCCUACUGGGUUAAGGGCUUGAACCAGCAACCUUCUGAUUACUAGCCCAGUACCUUAACCACUAGGCUACAACACGCACCUACCCACCCUCAGUGUGCAUGUGCCACCUUAGUUUAAACACUUCAUCAAGUUAAGGGCAAAUCGUAGCCUAGUGGUUAAGGGUUCUGGGCUAGUAAUCAGAAGGUUGCUGGUUCAAGCCUCACCACUGCCAGGUCGCUGCUGUUGGGCCCUUGAGCAAGGCCCAAGUCUCAACUGCGUAUACUGUAACUGUAAUGUAAGUUGUCGGGGCAUCUGUAGUCUAGUGGUUAAGGUACUGGGUUAGUAAUCGGAAGGUUGCUGAUUCAAGCCCCACUACUGCCAGGUUGCCACUGUUGGGCCUCCGAGAAAGACUCUCAACCCUCACUUGCUUAGACAGUAUACUGUAACGUAAGUCAAUGGGGCAUUUGUAGUCUAGUAGUUAAGGUACUGGACUAGUAAUCAAAAGGUCACUGAUUUAAGCCUCACUACUGCCAGGUUGCCACUGUUGGGCCCUUAAGCAAGGCCCUCAACCCUCAAUCGCUUGGACAGUGUACAGUCACAGUAGUGCAAGUCGCUUUGGAUUAAAGCGUCUACUAAAUUCCAAACAUUGCUUGGAAUCUGGGGUCAGAGUGUAGGGUCAGUCAUUGUACGAGGAGCCUGGAGCCUACUGGGUUGAGGGGUUCGCUCAAGGGCCCAACAGUAGCUUCAAACCCACAAUUUUUGGAUUGAUCUCCCAAAGCUCUACCCAAUAGGCUACAAGUGUCCCCUAUUGCGCAAUACUAGUGUUAGAGCUAUACAAGGGCAGUGAUAGCUCAGUGGUUAAGGCACUGGACUAGUAACCAAAAGGUUGCCGGUUCAAGCCUCACUACCACCAAGUUGCCACUGUUGGGCCCCUGAGCAAGGCCCUUAACCCUCGAUUGCUCAAAAUUGUGUUCAGUCAUAAUUGUAAGUCGCUUUGGAUAAAAGCAUCUGCUAAAUGCUUUUACUAUAGUGUUGCGCAAUACCAGCGUUGCGCAACUGAACCAUGGCUCGGACAAUAUUCCUGGUUCAAAUACAACCCGCAUACUGGCUCAAGCCUUCAAACCAAGUGUGAAAAUGCCCCCAUCAAAGGGAGGUAUGGUGUACCGCAACCGUAGCAUUCGCAGAGUUAGGUUUGCAUUGUAAAUUCGACAUCGUCAACAUUGAUUAAAGGCAGUUUUGGAAAGACGUCACAAAAGAGGUCACCUACAAAAGAGAAUUCGCCUACAGUGCCCGAUUGGUCGGUCGUAAAGCUGUGAACCCGCACACGGUGGCAAAUCUGCGUGCCCCCCCAUGUCCUUUUCUAAAACGAGCGCAAAUCUCUUAGGCAAAAGGUAGAACGGGGGGGCGUUUCUCCUCGAUCAUGGCAGCUAAGCCUCACUCAAUGUUGACCUACCUAAUCCAGUCCUUAGUAGAUAUGCAGUAAUCUGUUGUACAUGUGUAUCUUAGAAUAUUAUUUGUCUGUAUUUAUGUUUUCCAUGGCACAGGUAUUCGGGGUAAAAAAAACAAGAGCCCAAGUGAGGUCAUCGGCAUUCAUCGCAGUCGUUUUAUUUUCAACACGUGGACUCGUACAUUUAUAGAAAUGAAUGUAAUUACUUCCUCGAGGAAAACACUAUUAAUAAUUAAGAGGACUUCUGUCAAAACCUUCAUAUUCAUACGUUCCUCACGUGUUCCUCGAGAGCUUUUCUUUUUCUUUCGACAUAUAACGGAUACGUAAGAUGAGGAAUCUUCAUUCAAACGUUUCAUCAGAGCUUGCAUGAAAUGUGUAGAGCGCAUACGCCACACCCAAGGGGUUCCUCACAAACAAACCAAGGAAGAUGAGAUAAAAAAAGUAAAAACAAACAAACUAAAAAAGAAAGACUGAAAAGAAGGGUUCGGAUUCGGAUCAUACUGCACUUAUCUCGUUGAUGCCGUCCUUCCCCCCGACUCCCUUUUUUUAUGUUUCCAGUAUGUCCUUAGCUGUGUUCGUUAACUUUGUGUUGCAGUUGCGGUCUAUUUGCUCGUUAAUAUUAUUUUGCUGGAAAAAGUCGCCUCGGAUCGUACAUAUUCCACAAAGAAAAAAUAAGUGGUAGAUGUUCUGCUUCAGUGGGUAAAUGCAUUUUUUUACAUAAAUUAAAAGCUCCAUCAUUUCUGUUCUA